GUCUGCAAGAUGUCAUUUCCGAUGUGCGACGCCUUGGCGCGGAGCUUGGCCUUGCUGAGCGCGGAGCCGCAGAGGCCGACGCUCUGCAGGCCAGGGUGGACAAGGCGGUGGCCCUUGCCGCUCAGAUGGCUGCGGAAGCACGAGCGGCAGCAGCUGCGAAGCCGGCUGUUGAGGCCGCUGAUGGACAAGGACAUGCCAACCCGACUGCACCGGGGGACCGAGCGGCACCGGCAGGAUGGGGUCCUGCCUGGGCGGCGCAACCCAAAGGUUGCCUUCAUCGAGUGGACGCGCCCCAUCUUCCCCGGCGGCCACUGGACCCCUCAGAUGAUCGAACUGGCGGGCGGCAUCUCCUCCCUCAACCCGCCCACAAGUCCGGGCAGCGGCGCCCCCCCCUCCC